GUCACCUCCAAUGCACAAGCUGCCGUAGACAAGGAGACCAGUAUAAAGUUGCAGGCUAUCACAGACGCUUAUGAGGCAAACAAAGAUGCGGUCGUGAAGAAACUACUGGACCGCGUUCUAUUGAUCACGCCCAAGCUGCAUGAUGUUCGCUGCUUCUACCUCUGGACUCGUUGGGCUCUAAUAUCUCUAAGUCAAAUGCUUGAAGCAAGAUCCAAACAUCAAAGUUUACAAUGCUAA